GCCUUUUCGACGAGUACAGCAGCCAAGUCCAUCAGCUUCGCAGACCUUAUUAUGUCAAGGUCAAGCUGUAGAUCGUUCGACAACACUCCAGUUCCGAAAGAUACCAUUCAGAACAUUCUUGACAAGGUUGGCUUGUGCCCAAAUUCUUAUGGUCCCCAUACAUUCCAUACAUUUGUUGUGACGAACAAAAAUCUAAUCAAUGAUAUAACGAACGCCGCGCAGCAAAGUUGGAUUCGGACUUCUCCCCUUCUUUUCGUGUUCUGCUCGGAAUGUGGAAAUCGGAGCUAUGACUCAAAAGCCAUGAAACUCUAUAACAUUCAAGAUGCAGCAAUCGCCCAAACUUUUUCCAUGCUGGCUAUUGAGGAAGAAGGCCUAGGUUCAUGUUGGGUAGGAGGCUUCGAUCAAGAGAAGGUUCAGAAAAUUCUCAAUAUCCCUACACACCUUUGUCCUGUAGGCAUUCAAGUCUGUGGAUACAGAAGAUCGAAAGCGUCUCAUUCUAAAAAAGUGCCGCAAAAAUCAUACAGUUUUUUGGAUUCUUCUGUUUUAGGAAUACACUUUAUUUUAUUUUAUUCUAUUCUAUUUUUAUGUUUGCGUCAUUUUCUCGAGUUUUUUGCCAAAGGGCACCAGUGUUGA